CGACUCCAUCAUGUUGGUGCUUUUCGAGACGGCGGCGGGCCAUGCGCUCUUCAAGGUGCAGGAUGAAGGCAAGUUGGCCAACGUGGAUGACAUCCAUAAGCAGUUCGCCACGGCCGACAAGGCCAACUCUUUCCUCAAGCUGAAAGCGUUCAACGCGUUCAAGGACACGACGGAAGCCGUGGCCGCGGCCGCCGACUGCGUUGACAACACGGUUGGCAAGAGCCUCAAGAAGUUUUUGAAGAAGCACGUGAAGGACGCCGGCUUGUCGGACAAGCUCGCCGUCGUCGACAAGGCGUUUGGCGGUGUGAUCAAGGAAAAACUCGGCAUCCAGUGCGUACACGACGCAUCCAUCCAAGAACUGCUUCGUGGCAUCCGCACCCACAUGAACUCGCUGAUCUCUGGUCUGGACGACCAAGAUUUGAAAAAUAUGACGUUGGGGUUGUCGCACAGCUUGUCUCGGUACAAGCUCAAGUUCAGCGCCGACAAGGUCGACACGAUGAUCGUGCAGGCGAUCGGACUCUUGGACGAACUCGACAAGGAAAUCAACACGUACUCGAUGCGCGUGCGCGAAUGGUUUGGCUGGCACUUUCCCGAGAUGGGCAAGAUUGUCACGGACAACUUGCAAUACGCCCGCGUCGUGCUCAAGACUGGCACACGCCCCCACGUAAAGAACCUCGACUUCUCCGACAUUUUGAGCGCUGAUGUCGAAGCGUCCAUGCGCGAAGUGUGCGAAGUUUCCAUGGGCACGGACAUUUCGGACGAAGACGUGCUCAACAUCGCGUCGCUGUGCACCCAAGUCAUCUCGCUCACAGAGUACCGCACGCAGCUCUUUGACUACCUGAAGAACCGCAUGAACGCGAUCGCGCCCAACCUCACUGUCAUGGUCGGGGAAUUGGUCGGCGCCCGCCUCAUUGCGCACGCCGGGUCGCUCAUGAACCUGGCGAAGCAUCCCGCGUCAACGGUCCAAAUUCUCGGCGCGGAAAAGGCGCUUUUCCGCGCGUUGAAAACCAAGCACGACACACCCAAGUACGGUUUGAUUUACCAUGCGUCGCUCAUCGGGCAGACGGCCCCCAAGCACAAGGGGAAAAUCUCGCGCGUCCUGGCGGCCAAGACGUCGCUUGCCGUGCGAGUCGACGCGUUGGGCGAUGCGACAGAAGCCACGAUUGGUUUUGACAACCGCGCCAAGGUCGAGGCGCGCAUGCGCCAGCUCGAGAACGGGUUCACGGGCGUUGUGUCUGGCAAGGGCAAGGCAAAGAACGAAGUGAAAAAGUACGUCAAGGAGCCCGUCGCAGCCGUGAAGAGCUACAACGACGCAGACGAUAUCAAGGUGGAGAAAAAGGAGAAGAAGCGCAAGGCCGACGACGAGGACGACGAGCCCAAGAAGAAGGCCAAGAAGGAAAAGAAGGCCAAGAAGGAGCAGGAAGAAGUGGCCGCCGACGACGACGAAGUGGACACAAAGGAGAAGAAGAAGAAGAAGAAAAAGAAGGCGGAAUAGAUUGAUGGAUAUUGAAUGCUAGUACCUAUAUGACAAAACCCUUCGACUCGAAUGGCG